AUGACUACAACAACUACUAUAACUCCGACGACAAAAACAGAAACUUCGACAUUCUACACCUUCAACGUCGACAACUGCAAGUUCAACAACCUCCACGUCGACACCUACAAGUCCAACAACCUCAUCAUUGCCAACUACAAAUCCAAGAACUUCUACUUCGACAACUACAAGUCCAACGACUACAACGUUGAUACCUGUAAGUCCGACAACCACAAGUCCAACGACCUCAGCCUCGCCAGCUAUAAGUCCAACACCUUUAACGUUAACAACUGCCAUUCCAACGACCUCCACGUCGACAACUACAAGUCCAUCAACCUUAACGUCGACAUAUACAAGUCCGACAACGUCAACGUCGGAAACUGCAAUCUCAACACAAAUAACUACAAAUGCAACAAUUUCAACGUUAACAAUAUCCACGUCGACAACUACAAGUCCAAAGACAACUAUAAGUCCGAUAACGAUAACCCCAAGAUCGACAUUUGCGAGUCCAACAAGUUCAACGUCGACAACUGCAAGUCCAGCGACCACAAAUUCGCCAACUACAAGUCCGACAACCUCAACACAAACAACUACAAAUCCAGCAACUUCAACGUCCAAAACUGCAAGGCCAACAAGCUUCACAUCCACAACUACAAGUCCAGCAAUCUCCACGUCGACAACCACAAGCCCAACACCUUCAAUGUCGAAAACUGCAAGUCCAACAACUUCCACGGCGACAACUACAAGUCCAGCAAUUUCAACGUUGACAACCGCAAAUCCAACGACCUAUACGUCGACAACUACGAGUCCAACAACCUUAACGUCGACAACUACAAGUCCGACAACCAUAACACAAACAAAUAUAAGACCAGCAACUUCAACGUCCAAAACUGCAAGUCCAACAACCUCCACAUCCUCGACUACAAGUCCAGCAAUCUCCACGUCGACAACUACAAGUCCAACACGUUCAAUGUCGACAAUUGGAAGUCCACCAACCAUCACGACGACAACUACAAGUCCGACAACCAUAACACAAACAAAUACAAGUCCAGCAGUUUCAACGUUGACAACCGCAAAUCCAACGACCUACACGUCGACAACUACAAGUCCAACAACCUUAUCGUCGACAACUACAAGUUCGACAACCAUAACACAAACAAAUACAAGUCCAGCAAUUACAACGUCGACAAAUGCAAGUCCGACAACCUCAAAACAAACAACUACAAUAAGCUCCACGGCGACUACCACAAGUCCAACAACUUUAACGUCGACAACUACAACUACAACCACGACUACUACAAAUAUAACAACUUCAACUUCGACAACUGCAAGUCUGACAACCCCAACGUUGACAACUGGAAGUCCAACAAUCUCAUCCUUAUCAACUACAAAUCCGACAACGUCUAUAACCGCAAUUUCAACAACCUCCACAUCGACAACUACAAGUCCAACAAUCUCAACCUCGACAAAUACUAUUCCAAUGAUUACAACGUCGACAACCAUAAGUCCGAAAACGACAACUUCAAUAUCGACAUCUACAAAUCCGACAACUUCACCGUCGACAACUGCAAGUCCGACAAUCUCAAAACAAUCAACUACAAGUCCAACUUUAACGUCGACAACUGCAAGUCCAACAAACUCCACGUCGACAAAUACAAGUCCAGCAACCGCCACGGCGACAACCACAAGUCCAACAACCUUAGCGUCGACAACUGCAAGUCCGACAACCACAACAAAUCCAACAAUUUCAACAUCUACAACUGUGAUUUCAACAUCCUCCACAUCGCCAACUGCAAGUCCAACAUCUUCAACAUCGAUAACUGCAAGUCCAACGACCUCCACAUCGACAAAUACAAGUCCAGCAACCUCCACGGUGACAACCACAAGUCCAAUACCUUCAACGUCGACAAUUGUAAGUCCAACAACUUCAACGUCGACGAUUACAAGUCUGACAAGCACAACGUCAACAACCACAAGUCUAACGACCUCAACCUUGCCAACUAUAAGUCCAUCAUCUUUAACAUCGAUAACUGCGAGUCAAACGACCUCCACGACCACAACUACAAGUCAAACACAGUCAACGUCAACAACUACAAGUCCAGCAACUUCCGCGGUGACGACCGCAAGGCCAACGAUCUCCAUGUCGACAACUACAAGUCCAACGACCUCAUCCUUGUUAACUACAAGUCUAACAACUAUAUCGUCAACAACUGUAAGUCCGACAAAUACAGUGUCGACAAUCACAAGUUCAGUGACCUUAGCAUCGCCAACUACAAGUCCAACACCUUCCACGUCGACAACUGCAAAUACAACGACCUUCACGUCGCAAAUUACAAGUCCAACAACCUUAAAGUCGACAACUACAAGGCCGACAACCACAACGACUUCUACAAAUUUAACAACUUCAAUUUCGACAAAUGCAAGUCUGACAACUUCAACGUCGACAACUGCAGAUCCAACAAUCUCAUCUUUACCAACUACAAAUCCAACAACCUCAACACAAACAAUUACAAAUCCAACAAUUUCAACGCCUACAACAGCAAUUUUAACAACCUCCACAUCGACAACUACAACGUCGACAACUAUAAGUCCGACAACGACUACCUCAAAAGCGACAUCUACAAAUCCAACAACUUCAACGUCGACAACGACAAGUCCAACACGUUCAAUGUUGACAACUGCAAGUCCAACAGCCAUCACGACGACAACUACAAAUCCGACAACCAUGACACAAAUAAAUACAAGUCCUGCAAUUUCAACGUUGACAUCCACAAAUCCAACGACCUACACGUCGACAACUACAAGUCCAACAACCUUAACAUCGACAACUACAAGUCCGACAACCAUAACACAAACAAAUACAAGUCCUGCAAUUUCAACGUUGACAACCGCAAAUCCAACGACAUACACGUCGACAACUGCAAGUCCAAAGACCCCAAAGUCGCCAACUGUAAGUCCGACAACCUUAACACAAACAACUACAAAUCCAGCAACCUCAACGUUCAAAACUGCAGGUCCAACAAGCUUCACAUCCACAACUACAAGUCCGGUAAUCUCCACGUCGACAACCACAAGUCCAACACCUUCAAUGUCGACAACUGCAAGUCCAACAAACUCCACGAGGACAACUACAAGUCCGACAACCAUAACACAAACAAAUACAAGUCCAGCAAUCUCCACGUCGACAACCACAAGUCUAACACCUUCAAUUCCGACAACCUUAACACAAACAACUACAAAUCCAGCAACUUCAACGUCCAAAACUGCAAGUCCAACAAGCUUCACAUCCACAACUACAAGUCCAGCAAUCUCCACGUCGACAACCACAGGUCCAACACCUUCAAUGUCGACAACUGCAAGUCCAACAACCUCCACGACAACUACAAGUCCGACAACCAUAACACAAAUAAAUACAAGUCCUGCAAUUUCAACGUUGACAACCACAAAUCCAACGACCUACACGUCGACAACUACAAGUCCGACAACCAUAACACAAAUAAAUACAAGUCCUGCAAUUUCAACGUUGACAACCACAAAUCCAACGACCUACACGUCGACAACUACAAGUCCGACAACCAUAACACAAACAAAUACAAGUCCUGCAAUUUCAACGUUGACAACCGCAAAUCCAACGACAUACAUGUCGACAACUGCACGUCCAAAGACCCCAAAGUCGCCAACUGUAAGUCCGACAACCUUAACACAAACAACUACAAAUCCAGCAACCUCAACGUCCAAAACUGCAGGUCCAACAAGCUUCACAUCCACAACUACAAGUCCGGCAAUCUCCACGUCGACAACCACAAGUCCAACACCUUUAAUGUCGACAACUGCAAGUCCAACAAACUCCACGGGGACAACUACAAGUCCGACAACCAUAACACAAACAAAUACAAGUUCAGCAAUCUCCACGUCGACAACCACAACAACUUCAACGUGCAAAACUGCAAGUCCAACAAGCUUCACAUCCACAACUACAAGUCCAGCAAUCUCCACGUCGACAACCACAAGUCCAACACCUUCAAUGUCGACAACUGCAAGUCCAACAACCUCCACGACAACUACAAGUCCGACAACCAUAACACAAAUAAAUACAAGUCCAGCAAUUUCAAGGUUGACAACUGCAAAUCCAACGACCUACACGUCGGCAACUACAAGUCCGACAACCACACCUCUAACAACCUCUGCUUCGCCAACUACAAGUCCAAUGCCUUCAACGUCGACAACUACAAGUCCAACAACCUUAACGUCGACAACUCCAAGACCGACAAACUUAACGUCGACAACUGCAAGUCCAACGACCUCCACGUUGACAACUGCAAGUCGAACGAUCUCAUCUUUGCCAACUACAAGUCCAAGAACUUCUACUUCGACAACUACAAGUCCAACGACUACAACGUCGACAACUAUAAGUCCGACAACCACAACCUCGACAACCACAAGUCCAACGACCUCAAACUCGCCAACUACAAGUCCAACACUUUCAACCUCGACAACUGCAAGUCCAACAACUUCCCAAUCGACAACUACAAGUCCAUCAACCUUAAAGUCGAUAUCUACAAGUCUGACAACCACAACUUCGAUAACUAA